CCGUUGCUAUAGGCAGCAUCAACAACCCAACAACAACGCAAUUUUUAAAGCUUGUCUAAAAACUAUGUGACAUCAGCUAGCUAGCCUAGCUAGCUGGGAAAAUGUUAUACUUUUCUGAAAAACGGCAGUAAGCUGCGAGAAGUUGAUUUCUCGACAAUAAAAGCCAGCUAGUGCUAACGUUAGCAGAAGGCUAACCAUGCAAGACCGUUUUGCGGGUUAUUAUUAGGAGUGUAGGCAUCAGCAUUUUUCACGAUUUGGGACGUCAGGAUCGGAUCGGAUCAGGUUUCGUAGCUGGCUAUUUAUUUGGUAGCAGCUAUGCAUCUGACAGUAAUUGUGAUUUGAACUUUCCAGGAAGGCAUUGAAGCGAUAACAUCAGCAACUCAGCAUCUCCGCAAGACCAUGCCCUGCCCCUACCAAAGAUGACCUAAAAAAGGGACAAAGAGAGACUUAUAAUUGUAAGAUGUCGGAACGAUAUCCUUUGGCCGAGAAAGCUCUAUCUGAGGGUUAUGCUCGGCUGAGGUUUAGGGACACAUCGCUGCUCAUCUGGCAACAACAACAGCUGGAACUGGAACAGGCGCCGCCAGCAAACUACCUCAGUCGGAGUCAGAGUACAUGGUACAGUCAAUACGGGAACCAAGCCGUCGUAGUACGGGAUAAAAACACCCUUGACACUGCUGAGACCAGCGGCCGUUCCAGGAUUUGUCUAAUUAUGUGACAGCUGUCACAAGAGACGUACUGAAAAUGUCCUUGAUGCUAUCGUUUCAAACGAAGAUGUGCUACAGUACUAGGGCAUACCUCCAUCUGGACACAUUAGUGACCAAAAAUGAUUCUACAAUCAGGCUUCAGCACACCUCCGGGACGUGAAAGAACGCCGAGGAGAAAAUCCACACGGGAAGUGAAAUAACUUCACUUUAACGAACCAUUACAGCAUACAGUACUACACAUCAGUCAAGCUCGCUGAAGAUCCAUCCAGGAUUACAGGGUCUGUUCCUCAUGUCACACAGGAGUGCUGAAACAGGGUUGACUACCACACGGUCAAUAAAACUUUAUUCGAAAAGGCAAAAAA